AUGUCGACUAAAACGCUACCACCGCCGCAAACGUAUUCGCGACUGUUUCGUCCUUGGGACGGUAAAGAAGCAAGGCCAGAUUACCCAGUGUCGGGCGCAUUCUGUGAAUCGGAUUCCACCCGCAGUCAUGUAGACGCCGAAGAUUCGGACUCAUACAGUGCCAGUGACAGUGAGAGUGACCAAACGAUCAAAUCGGAACCGAUGGACUACCACAGCCCAGUGAAAGCCAAGCUCAGUGAAAACAAAGUGACGCUAACCGAUCCUGCCACGAUGCACUAUCCUUCAGCGGAGGUGGCUGCGUACUACCACUACUGUUACCAGCAGCAGCAGCAGCAGCUUGCCGAGCAUCCUUUGCCAGCGCAGUUACACGCGUUAGCGGAUGUGCACCGAGUUCCGGGUUCGAUCGGAGCCUUCGGAAACGCCUGCAUACCUCCGGUGGUCGACCCGUUGGGAUUCACUUACGAUCAAAUGGAGCAAGAGUACAUGCGUGUGCUGAGUGAGGAUGCAAAGGCGAAGCUGCUGGCGAGUCGAAAGCAACGACCGAAGAAGUUCAAAUGUCCCCACUGUGAUGUGGCAUUCUCCAACAAUGGUCAGCUGAAGGGACACAUCCGCAUCCACACCGGAGAGCGACCUUUCAAGUGUGAUGAGCCGAGUUGUGGCAAAACCUUUACUCGCAAUGAGGAACUGACGCGGCACAAGCGCAUCCACACCGGCAUUCGACCGUACGCGUGUCAAACGUGUGGGAAAAAGUUUGGCCGUCGGGAUCACCUCAAGAAGCACACCAAAACGCACAUGCCACAGGAACGGUACACGUACGGGCUGAUGCCAGCGUCGGCUGCAGCGGCUGCGGCAGCAGCCAUGCUAAUGCCAAUGUACGCAACCCACGUCUUUGGUUACUAG